AUGUCCCUCCCAUUAGAAUACUCAGUCACUUUACCAGAUGGUCAAACCUACAACCAACCAUCAGGUUUAUUCAUCAACAAUGAAUUCGUAAAGUCCAAGUCUGGAGAAAUUAUUGAAUCCUAUAAUCCAUCCACCAGUGAAGUCAACGGUAGGGUAUACGCCGCCGGUCCAGAAGAUGUCGAUCUUGCAGUCAGUGCCGCCCGUAAAGCAUUCAAAUCAUGGAAAAAAGUCAAAGGUGAUGAACGUGGAAGACUCUUAUAUAGAUUCGCCGAUGCCAUGGAAAAACAAGCAGAAUUGAUCACGGCAAUUGAAGCUUGGGAUUCUGGGAAACCAAAAGUUAACAAUGCAGCUUAUGAUAUUCAAGGUUCAAUUGAUAUUUUUAGAUAUUAUGCUGGUUGGGCUGAUAAAGUUCAAGGUAGAGUUAUUCAAAAUGAUAGUUCAAGAUUAGGAUAUACUAUACAUGAACCAUUUGGUGUUUGUGGACAAAUCAUUCCAUGGAAUUAUCCUAUUGCUAUGGCUACUUGGAAGAUUGCUCCUGCUUUAGCUGCUGGUAAUGUAGUUGUGUUGAAGACAAGUGAACUUACUCCCCUUUCUUUAUUAUUUUUAGCACAAUUAUUUAGAGAUGUUGGAUUCCCACCAGGUGUUGUUAAUAUCAUUUCUGGUUAUGGUCCUGUUGCUGGUUCCGCAUUGGCUUCCCAUUUAGAUGUUGAUAAGAUUGCAUUCACUGGUUCUACUGCCACUGGUGCUGCGAUUCAAAAGGCAGCUUCAGCAAAUAUGAAGGCUGUUACUUUGGAGUUAGGUGGAAAAUCUCCUAUGAUUAUCAGAGCUGAUGCUGAUUUAGAACAAGCCGCUAAAUGGGCUGCUCUUGGUAUUAUGUCGAAUCAAGGACAAAUCUGUUCUGCCAAUUCAAGACUUUAUGUUCAUGAAUCAGUUUAUGAAAAAUUCCUUGAAAUCUUUGCCCAAGUUGUUGAAAGAGAUUACAAACAAGGUGAUAUGUUUGAUUCAGAAGCUGUUGUUGGACCACAAGUUUCAAAAUUACAACAUGAUAAAGUGUUGAAAUAUAUUGAAAUUGGUAAACAAGAAGGUGCAAGAGUUAUAACUGGAGGUGAAAAGAAUACUACUGGUGAUUUAGCCAAGGGUUAUUAUGUCAAGCCUACCAUUUUUGCUGAUGUUGAUUCUAGUAUGAGAAUUGUUCAAGAAGAAAUCUUUGGACCUGUUGUUGUGGUUGGAAAAUUCUCAACUGAUGAAGAAGUAAUUAAAACUGCCAAUAAUUCCCAAUAUGGUUUAGCCGCUAUGAUUUUCACUAAAGAUCUUAGUGUUGCUCAUACAAUGGCUGCUGAUUUGGAAGCAGGUAUGGUUUGGAUUAAUGAAAGUAAUUCUGCUGAUGGUCGUAUGCCAUUUGGUGGGGUUAAAAUGAGUGGUAUUGGUAGAGAGUUAGGUGAAUAUGGUUUGAACAUGUAUACCCAAGCUAAGGCUGUCCAUGUCAACCUUACCAAUAAGUUAUAA